CCCACAUUCGUUUGCAACCGAAAGAAAGCCAACAAGUUAGCAACUCGAGCAUCAUCCGCCUGUUGCGUAAAUCGUGCAAAUCCCUUCACAUAGAGAUAAUGGCGAACCCCGAAGCAACCGAAGAAGAAGAAGAGAGCUUCGAUCAAUUGCCGGCGGCUCUGUUGGCCACCAUAAUGACGAAACUCGACGUCGCUUCCAUAUGCUCAGUCGCUUCCACGUGCAAGAUCUUCAAGGCCUGCGCUUCUCAUAUCCUUACUUUCAUCCCCAACUUCCACCUUUUCGAUACUGCGCUAUCAAUUAAUUUAUUGAGCCCUCUACUACCUCCCAAUCCUUAUCUAAGCAGUUUGAAGGUUGAUUGUGCUCGUCUCGACGAUUCAGCCAUCGAUCUUCUGGUUCGACCUUCGUUGCACGAGCUUUGCCUGCAUAAUUGCGCGGAUUUUAGUGGGAAAUUGCUUUCUGAGAUUGGAGGAAAGUGUGCUGAUCUAAGAUAUCUCUACUUGGGUUCUGUGGCUGAAAAGAGAGGGCGAGCUAUUCAUAUAUCUGAUUUGGAGGAGUUGCUCAAUGGUUGCACACAAUUAGAAGUGUUGACUUUGAUGUUUGAUGUAUCAUUAUUUCUACGCCAUAAUUUUGCUCGAGUAUGGGCUUUGGCUUCAGAAAAACUCACUUCCCUCGAGAUUGGUUAUGUUUCAUCAGUAAUGGUAACUGAACUGCUCAGUCCAAGUGUGGGACCCCAUCAACCACUGAACCACAUUCGAGCAUCCAUUUUGCCUGGCAUUCUGAAAUUAAACCUUUCGGUUGACUAUAUUACUGAUGCUAUGGUGGGCACAAUAUCCAAAAGUCUUGUGUCUUUAACCCAUUUGGAUCUUCGAGACACACCCCUCAUUGAACCAAGAAUUACAUUUGAUCUCACCAAUUCUGGCCUUCAACAGAUUAAUCAGUAUGGAAAACUGAAACACCUCUCAUUAAUUCGAAGCCAGGAGUACAUAGUAACGUAUUUCAGACGAGUUAAUGAUCUUGGGAUCCUCUUAAUGGCAGACAAGUGUGCAAACAUGGAAAGUAUAUGUCUUGGUGGCUUUUGUCAGGUUACAGAUACUGGGUUCAAAACAAUAUUGCAUUCAUGCUCCAGCUUAUACAGGCUUAGGGUGUCUCAUGGGAUCCAUUUGACUGAUCUGGUUUUCCAUGAUAUGUCUGCAACAGCACUUUGUAUGACUCAUGUUAGCUUGAGAUGGUGUAACCUUUUAACUAACCAUGCAAUUAAAAGUUUGGUAUCAAACACGCACCUUAAAGUUCUUGACUUGAGAGAUUGCAAAAGCCUUGGCGAUGAAGCCCUCAGAGCUAUCAGCACUCUUCCUGAGUUAAAGAGUUUACUUCUGGAUGGAUCUGAUAUAAGUGAUUCAGGAUUGUCAUACUUGAAAGGUAGGAUCAUAAGUUCAUUAGUUUCAUUGUCUGUGAGAGGCUGCAAGAGACUAACAGAUAAAUGUGUCUACGCUCUAUUUGAAGGCUCUUCUAGACUAGAAUUGCAGGAAUUGGAUGUAUCAAAUCUUCCUUACCUCUCUGAUAAUGGAAUUCUCUGUCUUGCAAAAAGUCGAGUACCAAUUUCAGUACUUAGAAUGCGACAAUGUCCACUUAUAGGUGAUACUUCAAUAAUGGCGUUAGCCUCAAUGCAGGUUGAUGAGGACCGUGGACAUGGGAGUAGCUUGCGCUUGCUGGAUAUAUACAACUGUGGUGGAAUGACACAACUAGCAUUCCGUUGGUUGAAGAAACCCUACUUUCCAAGGUUGAGAUGGUUGGGAGUGACAGCAAAUGUAAAUAGGGAUAUUAUUGAUGCGUUGGCUAGGAAUAGACCAUUCUUGAAUGUGGCAAGCCAUGGAGAGGAGCUGGGAAUUGACCAAUGGGAUAACUCAGAGAGUUUACACAUGCACGACUAUGAUGAUGUAGAUGAACUUGAACAGUGGCUUCUGGAAGGAGAAUUUGAGGAUGAUGAUGAAGAGAUGAUUGAUGCUGAAAUUAAUCCUGAAAUGUAGGACUAGUCUGUAACAUAAGAUUAUAUUUGCCAUGUAUAUAUCUGUGUGUAUCUUUAAUGACAAUCGUGCUUGUUGUGGAUGUACUGAAAUUGCAACUGUUGUAUAAUUUAGACUUCAGCUGCAGAUGAAACUUCUUAAGCUUGCCUCCUA